GAGGAGGUGGUGAUGGUUAGUCUACUCUAGUUUAGUGCUCGCCAAGCGGCUGAGAAGAAGUUGAGUCAGCCAGGAGGCGCUGCAGGAGCGCUCGGCGGGCCCAUUGCGCUUGCCCGCCCCGCCGCGCUCCACCCUCCGUCCCUGGCGGCGCGGCCAUGGCGACUCGGUUGGCGGCGCGGAGCUAUCGAGCGCCGCUAGCCGGGCCCUGCUGUUGCGCCCCGCGAUCUGUGCUGCUGUCUUCCCCACAGGCGGGGGCCCCUCUGGUGGCGGGGUCCUGCUUGGCGGCCCGCCUCCAGAGCUCUGCUCCCGGCCCAGCAGCGUUCCUGCCCGCCUCUCUGGUGCGCGCCGGGGGCUUCAUAGGAGGCCGCUGGGUGCAAGCGGCCGCCACUUUCCCAGUGCGGGAUCCGGCUAGCGGCGCGGAGCUGAGCCAAGUGGCGGACUGCGGGGUGGCGGAGGCUCAGGCCGCGGUGAGGGCCGCCUGCGAGGCCGGUGUCACCUGGAGCGAGGUCUCUGCCAAGGAAAGAAGUGCUUUACUUCGUAAAUGGUAUAAUUUGAUGAUUGAGAAUAAGGAUGACCUUGCAAAGAUAAUUACAGCAGAGAAUGGAAAGCCACUGAAGGAAGCACAAGGUGAAAUUCUAUAUUCUGCUUCCUUCUUGGAAUGGUUUGCUGAAGAAGCUAGGCGGAUUUAUGGUGACAUCAUUCCAUCUUCAGCCAAGGGCAGAAGACUUUUGGUACUGAAGCAGCCUGUGGGAGUUGCUUCCAUCAUUACUCCAUGGAAUUUUCCAAGUGCUAUGAUUACUCGGAAGGUGGGUGCCGCACUGGCAGCUGGCUGUACAGUGGUGGUGAAGCCAGCAGAAGAUACACCUUUAUCUGCUUUAGCACUCGCUGAGCUUGCAGAUCAGGCUGGGAUUCCUGCUGGAGUAUGUAACGUUGUACCAUGUUCCAGACAACAGGCAGUAGCAGUCGGGGAAGUGCUGUGUACUGAUCCCUUGGUAGCCAAAAUCUCUUUUACUGGCUCCACGGCUACAGGAAAGAUACUUCUGCGCCAUGCAGCUAGCACUGUGAAGAGAGUCUCCAUGGAGCUUGGAGGACAUGCACCAUUCAUAGUGUUUGACAGUGCUGAUGUAGACAAAGCCGUUGUAGGAGCUUUAGCUUCUAAAUACAGAAACUCAGGCCAGACCUGUGUGUGUUCAAAUCGCUUCUUGGUACAAAAAGGGAUCCAUGAUGCAUUUGUGGAAAAGUUUGCACAAGCCAUCGAGAAAGAGCUACGUAUUGGCAAUGGCUUUGAUGAAGAGACUACCCAGGGACCACUUAUUAAUGAAAAAGCUGUAGAGAAGGUUGAGAGACACAUUCAUGAUGCAGUUUCCCAAGGAGCAUCUAUAGUUACAGGAGGAAAAAGGCAUUCUUAUGGAAAGAAUUUCUUUGAGCCAACUCUACUCAGCAGUGUCACAACUGGCAUGUUGUGUACACAAGAGGAGACUUUUGGUCCUUUGGCCCCAGUUAUCAAGUUUGAUACAGAGGAAGAAGCUCUUGCCAUAGCAAAUUCAGCCAGUGUGGGUUUAGCAGGUUAUUUCUACUCGCAGGACCCAGCCCAAAUUUGGAGGGUUGCAGAGCAACUGGAGGUUGGAAUGAUUGGCAUCAAUGAAGGAAUUGUGUCUGCUGUGGAGUGCCCUUUUGGUGGCAUAAAACAAUCUGGGCUAGGAAGAGAAGGUUCAAAAUACGGUAUUGAUGAAUAUUUAGAAAUCAAAUAUGUUUGUUUUGGAGGCUUAUAGUAGCAAUUUGUUGAGUCUGUGAACCAUGCAGGGCUUUAAAAUGUUCUGAAACAUGCAUAAUUUUUGUAGUCGGAUCACUGUUCCCCCUUCCCCCAAAUGAAAGCAACCAUAUUUACGUAUAGAGAUACUUUUUACAUAGAACUAUGGCAGCAUAUGUAAAAUGUAAAUUUUGGUAUUACAUCUGUGUUUACAGGUUUGUAAGAAUAUAGAUCUACUUACUUACAGAACUUGUCCUAACCAUAAUGCAGGAAAUGAUAUUUUAAUUAAUGAACUUAGUUUGAAGGAAUUGGAAAUCUUUACUAACUGAGGUACAUGUUUUGGAGGAGACAAAAGAGCAAAAAGAUACUUCACUAUCUUUUUGCACUCAUGUGGAGCAGUUGGGAGGAUAGCGUUAUCUUGAAUAAUUGUACCAAAUAUUGAAUCUUGUCAUUUUGUUACUUUGUAAAAAAAUGUUCUUUUUCUGAUUGCCUAUUUUAAGGCUCCUAGAAAAAUUAGAUGUUCACAAGAAAUCUCUAAUCAGUAACUUUCUUCAGCUGUUGGCUGGAGCCAAGUGUCCUUGAAGGCAUGUGUUCAGUUCUGACUCCCCCUUGUUUUAUUAGUGCCUGCUCCAGACUCAAGCAUCUUUAGGGAGAUAAUAUGAUUUCUGCUUGUAGCUAAAGCUUGAGACCAUACUUCCUACGUUUAUGAUAUAGCACAAAGAUAUAAGAUGCAUCAUAGGACACAGAUGUCAGAGUUUAUUUGGCUUGGUGUCCUCCUAAUGGAGAAUCUGUACUGUAUGUAUUCUAGAAUCUCCUAGCAUUCCGCAGUUUGCAUCAUAAGGGAAUCUUUGGAUAUUCUAAGAGAGUUAUAUAGAUUAGAGUGCACACAUGUACAAGUGGUGUCCAGGCCUGACGGUUGGAGCUACAAAAAAAUAGGCUACAAAAGCAUUCAAGUGCCAUAAUAAAUGGGACUUAAUUUCUUUAACCCCACCCUUUUCCCAUUGGCCUACUAUAUAGUGCUGGUCUCUCCCCUUGAAUCCCUAGUCAUUGCUUACAGCCAAGUAUUUCUUCUCUUGACUGCCACUGUAUUUCUCUGUGAUCAUGGUGCUUAUUCGAGAGAGAUACACAAAGCAGACAACGGGGUAUUCUUUAAUCCCAGCAAGGCAAAAGCCUUAAAAGAUCAGAAGGCAGCAGAGAAACAAUGAGGGAGGACUUUAAAAGGUUCUUGUAGCAAUGAGUUUCAGUUUGAGUACUGCUGCAGUAUAUAUUUAAAAUUUCAGUCUGUGCAAGUCUAGUUAUUGUCUUCCCCAAACAGAAAAGUCCCCCCCAAUUUAUUUCACUACCACAAAUUAAGGAUUUUCUUGACACCCAGAUAAGAGCACUUUUGCCUAAGCAGGCAAAAGUCUUACUAGCUAUAGAAGUUAAUGGUGUACAUGGUGAGCAAAAUUAGUGAAAAUAGUCCCAUUGAAAUUAAAAGGACAAGUUAGGCAAUCCUUUUAAUUUCAAUGGGACUACUUUGACUAAUUUUCCUCAUCACGUCAGCCAAUGGGACUCUUUAAUCAUGUCAGCCAAUGUCAGUACCCGUGUCAGCCAAUUAGUCUGCCAUGAGUGUUCUAUCAAGUCUUCUUCGUAUAAACUACUGGUACUUUUGAAGGAUAGAAAAUUAGAAUAGUGGCAUUAAACAUUGUUGCAUUACAGUGAUCAUGCACUUUAUUUACCUUGCCAAACUUAAUUAGAAGAUCUGCACUAUUCUUAAGCAGGCUUUGCUUAAAUUGUCAUAUAGGCAUCACCAUACUGCUUCAGAGGAACCUAAGGGCUUCAGCCUCUCUGUGGGAUUUUGGGUUUUCCUUGGACUGUAAGCCUUUAUCACAAACGGCCUUUGAGAUUCUCUCAAGCUUCAAUAGUGGACUGUAACGCAGCAUGGGAGUUCACAGUUCAGGAGUCAUAAGCCCAGAGCCUGUCUGAGCACAGGGGACUAGUUUCUGGUAGAGAUGUACACAAAUUGUUUUGGCGUACCUAGAUCAAGGUGUGAAAACAAUUCAAAUUCCCCCGGCCAAAACGCUUCGGCUAGGGGAGAGCAGGUGCUUUAAAUGGGGAGAAGAAGGUCUUAUCUACCCCUCCUGUGCUCUGCUGCAGCCUCCUGCCAUCUCUCCAUGGAGCUAUCACAUGGAGACGGCCGUGCUGUCUCUGCUGGUAAAGCUUUGCUGUGCCGGGGGCUUUCUAGCUGGGAACAGGAAGUUCCCUGUUCCUAGCAUCCCAUGAGCAGUGACAUUGCAGCACAGUGGCCAUCUUGAGUGCCCAGCAGCUUGAGUGCUGCUGGGUUUGUUGGUUUGGUUGGUUGGGUUUUUUUACUGGGCAUUCAAGAUGGCAUCUGCACAUGUGCAGACGCCAUCUCUGUGAUGUCGCUGCACAUGGAAUGCUGGGGACAGGAGCCUCCUGUUCCCAGCUAGAAGGCCCCCAGCAUGGCACAGCUUUAUCAGCAGAGAUGAUGUGGCCCAUUUAAAGUGCCUGCUUGCCACCCCCAGGGAUGUGCACAAACUGCUUAAUGCACAUCCCUAGUUUUUGGUUAUUAAUUGCUGCAUCUGUUAGGUUCAGCUAGCCUUUGUUUGAAUGAACUUGCAUUACCAAACAGGUAUUGUUUCUGCUAUUGAUGUAUUAAGGAUAGAUGGAAGACUAAAAAGCACACAGUGGUGACUUUAAAAAAACUUGUGUGCCUGGAAAUUGUCUGUAGGGCCAGCAAACAGUGAGUAAUGAAUAGAUCAUUAUGCUAAAUGAGGUUGAGGAAAAACUUGGGAGUUGGAUUUUAAGGCUGACUAGCAUGAAUGAAAGUUCUGUCCUGCAUGCAAGCUGGAAGAAAGCUACUUUUUACCAGCCCCCUGCAAAUCUACUCCUGAAGGCUGUGAGACCCUUAGGAGGAGAUUAUUGGGGUCUGCAGAGAGAAGAUUGAAGGAAAUUGCUCUUCUCUGGUGCAAAUAAAAGUAGUACCAUAAUGUACCAUCCCAUGAUAAUUAUCUUAUCUAUAACCUGGAAGUCUGGGUUUUUUAAUUUUUUUAUCUCUUUCUCUGCACUGUGUGGGCUGGUAGAAUCUUAUGACAACCUUGCUCUGUGCUGGUGCAGCUAGAACUAAGUAUGGGAUAGAUCCGCCCCGCCGCACUGGCUCCCCGAUGCUAUGGUCCUAAGAGCCAGUCUUAAGUCACUAAGUCCUUUGAUGCUGUUACCUGCUGCUGAUUGGUACAGUAUUUUUGUCAUGAGGGCAGGAAGUUGCAAAAUCAGUUGAAACUUGUGUUCAGUUGGUUACAUUCCAGAGCUCUAUGGGCUAAUACUACAGAAUGAUCUAAAAGCACUGAGGUAAAAUGCAUAUUGGCUGCCAUUUUAGCCCACUAUAUGAAGGCAGAUUCAGAUGGCUGGAUCCUUGUGGAUAGAAUAUAGUUAAAAUUGUUAAACUAAUUGUUUUGAAAGAAUAUAGCAAAACAUCUGAGAAGCACAAAUGUUGAUAGUGUGUAACAAGAUACUACUUACUAGCAAUUCAUCUUGUCAAAGAAAUAUUCUCUGACUGGGUGUGUGUGUAUAUUUGUCAAAAUAGUAAAUUCACUAAAUGUUGUAUACUGUGAUUCCUUAAGAAGAGACUAUUUUAAUUCUAACAUUUUCCCUUUGGAUUUUCUCUAGCUUGUUUGUUUAAAAGAGAUGGGUGUUGGCAAAGAAACUAUUAAGUUAAUAAACAUCUAUUUGAAACUGG